AUGGAUGUUAAAGGGGCGCCCCUUCCCCGGCCUCGUUCGUGUGGCCAAGAAGUCCUGGAGCCCAGCGCUGACCUGGACGUGACCAGCACACUCCUGCCCAUGGACGACCAAGUGACCGGGUCCCCCGAGGCCUGUCUCCUGGGUGACGUGGAAGCUCAGCCCAUUAGACGGGUGGCGCUUCGGACCCGCCCGCUCAGCGACGCAGACCGCGAGGAAGGGGCCUCCGUCAUCGCCCACAAGGCGGGGACCGGGUGCUACUCAGGGCGCUGUGGCCGGCGGGGCUCUUCACCCAGCCCUCAGCGCCCCGGCCGGCUGUUCAGGGGCAUCCGGGCUGCCGUCCAGGCGGGGCCCGAGGGAUUCGGCGUUGGUUGGGCGCCGACGGUGGUGCUCAUGGACCCCGGGGAGGACCCUGAGGACACACUGCACACACACCGGUCCCGGGAGAAGACCUUCAUCUUCGACAUCGUGUUCGACCAGCACACCUCCCAGGAAGACGUGUACCUUGCCACCCCAGCACUAGUGGAAGGCGUCAUUUCUGGAUACAACGCGGCGGUGUUUGCCCACGGCCCCUCAGGUGCUAGCAAGACCCACACGAUGCCCAUGGAUGCGGGGCCCGGCAGCUACCUGCAGAUGCUCACUGACCUCUUCCAGGCCAUCGAGGAGACCCAUGAGAGCACGGACUGCAGCGCGCCCAUGUCUUACCUUGAGAUUUAUAACGAAGUGAUCUGGGACCUCCUGAACCCGUCCUCAGGGUUUCUGGACCUGCGGAAAGAUUCUAGGGGCAGCAUCCAGACUGCAGGCAUCACGGAGGUCUCCACCUCAAACACCCAGGAGACCCAGAACCGAGGCAAGAGGAUGAAGGAGGGCGUCCCCAUCAACCGCUCCCUGCUGGCGCUGGGCACCUGCGUCAACGCACCCAGCGAGAAGGGCGGCAGCCAGGCGCAGCAUGUCAAGCGCAACCUGCUGAACGUGUCCUACCACAUCGCGCAGUACGGGGAUGUCAUCUCCGACCUGGGCAGGCAGAUGAAGCACCCCGAGGCCAAGGUGGAGAAGCAGGGGAAGGAGAAGUGA